GUUUAACGCCAUGUCGGCCAAACAAUUAAAAUCGAACGAUAUUUUACGACUAGUUGGCGAUAAGAUAAGUCUCGAAGUUCGACCCCCGAGUAAAUUAAAUACUGCAAGUUCGAAAAUGAUGAGCAAGUUUUACUCACGACCGGUGUCAGCAGUCCCUUUAUUGACACUAAAAAACGAAGUUGAGUCAGAUUUCAAAAAUAAAAGACCUUUUUCGGCUGGUUAUCUUCCAAUCAAUUACUUAAAUUCAAGGGAGUUAAGUAUUGAUAGCUUGGAGAGCAUUCCAGAUGAAACGCUAUCUUCCAGCGAUCUCUUCAAAAAUCUUCUCUCUGAACCAAUCAAGUCAUGGCGAAACUAUUCUUCCCCUAACUCAACCAAAAUUGAAGAAAUUGAAGAAAAUGUAGUUCUGACUCCUGGAGUCGAGACCAAACCACCAUUACCCAAAAAACUAGAAACUAAACCUGAAGAAGAUCCGGGUGUUAACGCAAUUCACGAUUAUCUAACCCUCAAGUACGAAUCUAGUUUAGAAAAGAAGAAAGAAAUCGAAGAAAAGGCUCCAAGUGAUGAUUCUGCUAUCAAUUUGGAUGAGCAAAUCCCCAAUUUGAGUGACCUUGAUAUUGACGAGCUUUUUAAAGAUGAAAGUGAUAAGAAGUUUGACCAUUUUUUCCGAACCCUUGAAGAUAAAAGCCCAAAGAAGAAAGCGAAAGCUGAACCAAAACCUAAAGUUAAAUUUAUCGCAACUCCGAUUAAAUCCGAUCCGGAUUACGUUGAUGGUUCGAAAAAUGAAGUUGAAACUUGGAUUUCCAAAAAACCGGUUAAUGAAGAAAGAAAGGCCAUUUUUAGGGAUUUUUUGAAUAAUGUAAAUGAGUUGGAAAAAUCUGUUUCUUUGAAUGUUGUUGAUAUUUCGCAAGAUCUUCCACAGCAUGAUAUUGAUACGGGACCCAAUAGCCCAACUUGUGAAGAUAUCGCCUCCAUUUUGAAAGUUUUAGAAGCAGAAGAUAAGAAAUCUCGUAACCUAACUUCACAUUUUUACCAUUUUUUUGAAAUCAUUGUUUUAGAAAUGAAGAUGGAGAGCAUGAAACACGUCGUAUCAGAAAUUUCUUCCCAAAAAUUGUCUCAAAAUAAAGAAGAAGAAGAAAGCAAAAGUUUUGAGCCCCAAAUUACGAUAACUGACGAGUCAAAACCUAAGCGUCACAAUGAUUAUCAUUCUUCUUCCAAUUACAAUGAACUUGUUUCAUUUCUGGAUGAGGUGGACCGAAGUUGCUCCAAGCCCUUAACCCACUCUUACACUAAACCACAACCAGUCAAAAUCAAGCUAGACACAAUCCCAAAAUUUGAAGAUUUGAUCACUCACACCAGUGAAGAAUUAGCACAUCACGUGAUUGAUCUUACUUUAAAAUUGAAAGAAAAAUCGUCUUCAAUCACCGUCCUCCAAACCGAAUUGUCGUCUCUCCGCGAAGAAAUCGUCCACACAACGAAGAAAACCGAUCAAACAAUCAAACAAAAACUGAAGACUCAGAAGGAAGAUUACGAAACAACGAUCAAACGUCACCAGAAAUUCAUCGAUCAAUUGAUCACCGAUAAAAAAUCCCUAAACGAAAAAUGCGAAAACUUGGUAACUGAAAUGAAGACGAUGGAAGAUCGCCACCAAGCCAACCUGAAAGCUUUGGACCACAAACACACCAUCGAGUUGCAAAAAGUCAAAGAUAUGGCCGCCGCCGGUGAAAAGCUCCGUCGCGAGCGUUGGAUCGACACCAAAACCCAGAAAAUCAAAGAAUUAACAGUGAAAAGCAUCGAACCUGAGUUGCAAAGCAUGGAAAAGCGUCAACAACAAGAAUUGGCCGAUUUGCGUUCCCUCCACAAGCGCGAAAUUGAAGAUCUUGAGCUUAAAGCAGCGCGAAGAAUGCAAGAACAGUGUGAGAAGCUCAGAAUGCAACUUGUUGAAGAACGGGAGAAAGCUUUAGUCCACGAACGCGAAAUCAUGAGACAAAGAUACGAGAAGCUUGUCGAAUCGGAAGAAAAAGGUUUUCAAGAACAAAGAAGAAGAUUACUUGCUGAUCACCAAGCAAGAAUUGCUGAAUGCGAGCAACGGGAAGCUUUAGUCUUGAGCGAGAAAGAGAAAGCGAUCAAGCAAGCGCAGGAUGAUUUUGAAGAAAGACUUCAAAUUGUGAUCAGAAGACACGCAAAUGAGAUCAAAUUGAUCAAAGAAACGGCCGGUUUAGAGAUGGAAACGUGGCAGAAUAAUUACAAAAAGCAACAAACCGCUCAAUUGAUAGAAAAAGAAAGCGUUAUACGGGAGCAGUGUCGGAGAGAACGAGACAGAGAGAUUGAAACAGUCAUAGAACGCUUGGAAAAAGAAGCAAGUGAUAAUAAAACCCAACUUGAGCAAACUGCUGAAAAUCGAAUCAGACGACUCAGGGAGAAGUACGAGAAAGAAAUCCUUGAUUUAGAAGAAAGUGAACGAGAAUCGAAAGAAAAGUGUCACACUUUAAAGAAGAAAUUGGUUGAAAGUGAAGAUUUGGUGGUCAAUUUGAAGGCAACAAUCGAACAGUUGCAGAAACAAGUCGAGUCGUCAAGAAGCAUAACUCUGAAGUUGCAACAAGAAAGAGAGGAAAUAAAAGAAAUGAUGCGAAAUGAAGUACGUCAAGAAAUGGAGAGUUUAGAAAAAGAGUUGAUUAAAGUCAAAGAUUCGAGAGAUAAUGAAAUUCAACAACUUUAUUCAAGAGUCAAAGUUUCAAUAGCACGAAAAGAUGAAAUUUUAGAGGAGUUGACACGAGAUCACAAAGCCUUGCAAGAGAAAUGUGCCUAUUUGGAAAGCAUGUUGGAACAGCAGAGAAAAGAGUAUUUGAUAAAAUGA